ACGUACUUCUAACAAUAUUCUAAGAAAACACUUUAACUUAAGAUAAAUGUUUAAGUGAAUAUUGAUUCAUAUCAAAAAGUUAGGGUGCAGAAAAGAAAGACUUUAUCAUACGAAAUUUUGCAAAUAUUCUGUAUGCAUCGAAAAGAUGGACAUAGUUAACAAAUCAUACUUUAAUGUUAUUAAAUAUAGUAUAAUUGUAACAGGUUUGAGUCGACAUCAUCCUAUGUGGUUCAAUUUCUUGGCAAAAUCAUUUACUUUUUUUCUAAUUUUUUCAUUAUUAAGUGCUCAGAUUGCAGGUUUUGUAAAAGUAUACGGUGAUAUUGAUUUGGUUUUGGGAUGCUGUCCACCAAUAUGUUAUUCUUCAAUAAGUGCAAUUAUUUAUGUGAAUAGCAAUCUGCAUGUGAAACAAAUAAAUAUUGUUUUUGAAAAAAUUCGAGAAGACUGGAACCUAUUGACAUCGGAAAGUGAACUUGAUAUUCUUCAUAAAUAUGGAAGAAAAUGCAGAGCCUAUAAUUUACUAUACACUUAUGGAUUAUUUAUACAAGUUGUCCUUUAUCAUUCAGCACAUGGCAUUCCUUUGCUGAUAAAUAUUUUGAAAAAGAAUAAUAAACCUAAACCGCUUAUGCUUCCCGUUGAGUGUGGUUUAGAUUCAGAAAAAUACUUUGGUUUAAUAACUCUUCACAGUUAUGUGUUUGGUUAUUUUUCCACAACUGGUAUUGCAACUGGGGGUACACUUCUUGUAAUGUUUCUUGAGCAUGCUUGUGGAAUAUUUGACAUUAUAGGACAUAAAUUGAUUCAUGCCAUAAAAGAAAAUAUCAAUUCUACAAAUAAAGUUGUUUCUAAAAAAAAAUUCCGGCAAGAAAUUAAAAUUUGUGUUGCAAUGCACAAAAGAAUUGUAUUAUUUAUCACUGAUAUACAAAAUGUUUUUUCAACUGCUUAUCUUUUUGUAUAUGGAAUCAAAAUAAUUUUGCUAAGCGUCACUGCAGUUCAAUUUGUGAUGAGUACAAAAAAUACUGAAAAUAGAGUAAGAUUUGGAUUUUUUGGAUUGUUUCAAGUGAUGCAUAUUUUCUUUUUAACUAUCCCAACGCAACAUUUAUUGGAUAACAGCUUAAAUCUUUCUACAUGCAUAUACAACAAUACAGAUUGGUACCAUUUGCCAGAUGAAUCAAAAAAAUUGUUACUUAUAAUAAUGAGAAAAGGAUCUCAACCCGCUACAUUUACCGUUGGCAAAAUAUUCGUACCUUCGAUACAGUUUUUUACAAAGGUUCUUCAAACAUCAGUGUCAUAUUUUACUGUAUUGAGAUCUGUGCAAGAAUAGAAAAAAAAUUUCUACUCCUAUAUUUAAGGAUAAUGGUUUAAAUAUUUGAAUAGUAUUUUUUUAAUUUUUUAGUAGUAGACAACAUCCUUAGAGUAUCACAGAUUGUAAAAAAAUCAUGUAAAUA